GUUUGUAUAACUGUGGAUUGUUUUCUUUGAACCCUAGUUUGAGUUGAUUUUGUUGUUUUAAUGAUUGUUCUGAUGUAAUCAUCGAGUGUCUCAUUCCUGUACUGCAGCUUCAGAUGUGCUGUUGCUAUGACUGUUGCUUGGUUUUAAUUGCUGCUUCGUACUUUUAGCUCCCAACUUGUAUACCAUCCAAUCGCUAUUCCAUUCUCUUCUCUGCUUGAAACUAUCUGCUACUCUAAUCAGCAUAUCCUCUGCGCUAUUCUACCGCUAACAUCCCAGGGUUGCGACAUAUCACCACAGCCAAAAUGCCGGGAAGCUCAGGCAUUAGAACCCUCUUCGCUUUGCUACGCUACCUAAUAUUAAUAGUAAACAUCUGCAAUACAACAAUUGCUGCUAGUUCAAUGAAUGUGCUUUCGGCCGAAGACCGAAAUUCGAAUAUGGACGUCGAUCUAGCCUCUUUAUUAACAUCCAAAAACCACCAGCGUGAAGUACUAUUCUCAGAUGCACUUGGACUUGUCCAGUCAAUGCAGACUCUUCCAUCUUGCCAUCGCAUGGCAGUUUCAAAACUGGUUACUUCCUGCCAGUCGAUCGGGGGCAGAUCUGACAAGCCGGACCCAAACACAUUUACGACGUUGGAGCACAUCCGCUCAAUUUACGCGGUAAGGCUUGCCAUAUGCGAGCUCAAUGAAGCGGGUGCUGCAGUUCCCACUUCAUGCCAUCCUUUAACUAUGCGGCUGCCGCAGAAGAAAGGAUUCUUCGGGCUGUCCACCGAUUAUAAGACACAUUUUAAUGCUGCAGAAACCGUGACCAAAGGACAGUUAGAGUCAUGUCUCCGUUCUCUAGAGUCGCGGCCCCAGUGGUGGACAUCUUAUAGUAACAGUAGGCAAAAUGCCGUGGUUAUAUGCCAAGCAGCCAGAUUCGAGAUUGAAAGGGGGGAAAUUAUUGAACUCCACCGGUCUAUAAUCGAAGGCACGAUAAAGCUUGAUCAUGGUCUUCAGGAAGCAUUGAAAGUGGCCGCAACUGGGCUCUCUCAAUAUAAGGAGUUCCUGCAAUCAGUCGAAGACAUGAGAAGCAAGCUGGUGGUCAGCAUGGAGGAGACGGAGCUACACUUCAAAACUAGGUUCGAGAAUUUGAUCCUCGACAUGGGUGUCCACGUUGGCUCGAUCCUGGAGCCUGUGGUUUCCACUAUUAGAAACCUACAUAGCAGCGCGGCGUCUCUCGACAAGGGUAUAGCGAACGCAGCGGAAAGUGUCAACGACUUACGGCACACCUUGAAGCUCGUUGAGGAAGAAGGCAUGGCAUGGGGUCAACAGCAAGCAGUCGCUCGACAACAGGAUGCUCUUGCAAUGAGUGACUUGGUUUCAGACGUUCAAGGCGACAUAGAAAAGCUGUCUGGCACGGUAGCAAACUUCGACUCUGCCCUACAAGAGCAAGACAUAUCUAAGCGCCUAAGUAAUCUUGAAACUGCCCUAAGUGGAUCUCAAAUAAUCGCUGAGGACCUGCGCAGCACUCAGCUAGGGCAAAAUGAACUUCAAGAGCAUCUCCUCACAAAUAUGCGGAUCUCUCAAGCUCUUAUCGAUAAAACAACAGCCGCAGCUGCGAACCUGCAGGCAAUUGUCGACGACACCGCGAAGCGAUAUGAAGAGGUGCCUGCUUCAAGACGUCUCUUAGGCUCAUACCCUACACCCGUGUAUAGCCUUUUAAUCGGCUUUGUUGGUGCACAAAGCCCCAAGGCAGCGAUAGUGCUACUCGUUGUUUCCAUAUGUAUGUAUCCAAUGGUCUAUAUAUGA